AUGGGAAAAUACGAUCGCAAGGAAAAAUCGCAGCCAAAACACGGAAAGCCUCCAGACAGCGGUGCGUCUAAGGCGCCAGCACGGAUAACUCCCGGGAUUCCAGGCUGGAAGGGACCUGGUUAUAUUCACAAAAAGAAGAAAAGCCGACAGGCUGCAGACUCAGGGCUCACAUCCGCAGAACCACCCAAGUUGAAUCAUGCCCUUCCUGUCGAGCUCGAGCAGCUGGUUCUCGACGUCUUCCGCACCACCUUUCCUGCAUCCAAUGACUUCGAGGCGCUGAAGCCAACGCUACAGGAGAUCAAGGAUGCACUUUUCAGGAGAGACUUUGAUACAGCUUUUGGAAGAGCUGAGUUCCUGGAGGCAUACGCAAUUCGUUGGAGCCCUAGUCGUGCCCUGGGAUACGCGCAGCUGUUGGCUUGGAUCUGUGAGGAGAGAGCUGACGACGCUUGCAUUCAGCAACUGGUGGCCGGCGGUAAUGAACAGAAACCAGCCAGGGUGAUAUGUUUCGGAGGUGGUGCAGCUGAAAUUAUGGCCUUGUCAGCUCUUUUACGUCAUCUACGGCUCUCAGACGCAGGCGGUAGACCACAAUCACUGUCUGAGGAUAUCUCAAAAGACUUGCAGGGCUUGUCAAUCUCAGAGGCUGAUUCUUCGCCGACGCUUCUCGAAUUAAACCUUAUCGACACAGCGGACUGGGCGUCUGUGCUCUCCAAGCUGCAUACAUGUCUCAAGACACCUCCGACUCUUUCUAAGUAUGCAAGCGCAUCAGCUCGCGCCACAAAUGCUUCGUUCCUCUCGCCCAAAGCUAUCAAGCAUACCUUCACACGCACCGAUAUACUGGGCUGCAGUAACGAGGACCUCCGCGCAGUCAUCGGACCUGAUCCGGCGCUUCUCACCCUUUUCUUUACUCUGAACGAGCUCUACACAGCUUCAAUGCCACGAACCACCGCUUUUCUGCUGAAGGUAACAGAAGCUGCUCCUAAGGGAAGUUUGCUCUUGGUGGUGGACAGUCCUGGAUCUUACUCUGAGACAGCGAUUGGCGGUGUCAAAGAAGGGGAGCAGAAAAAGAAAUAUCCCAUGAGCUGGCUGCUGGAUUAUGCUCUUCUGCCAAAACCGAGGAAGAAUACUGAGAAUGAGGAGGAUGUAAGCGAGGAGGCGACUGGUGCAUGGCAAAAGGUUAUUGAUGAGGACAGCAUGUGGUACCGACUGGAAGAGGAUUUGAAGUAUCCGGUCAGCCUGGAAAACAUGAGAUUCCAGGUUCACAUGUUCAAACGUGUAUGA